AAGAUUCGCGACAUGAUUCAAUCCCAUUCCCAGCAGAUGUUUCGCGCUUUGUUUCGCUUUCCUCGAAGUGAUGUGAGGCUGGAGCUGAUGAGAGUGGUUGGGUGGAGAGAGUAGAGAGAGUAAGGCGUGCUCGAGCAUCAUCACCAUCAUCAUCAUCAUCAUCAUCAUCACCUCUUGCCUUUGAACCAUUUGCUUAUUCUAAAGAAACAAACACUCCGAGAGCAGCGAGAAUGUAGCCUGUUGUAGUCUCUGGUUUGUGUGUAUAUUGUUAGGAUAGCUUUAUUUGACACUUUGAUACGGAAAGCCCUUCUGGACCAUCAUGAAAUUCCCGUUAGAGAAUCCAAGGAAACAGGUGAACUGGGAUCCUGAACAAGUGGCUGUUCAGACAAACAUCGUCCCUGUGAAGAAGGUUGAGUCCGGUGCGGUUCAGUCGAGUCUGGUUCAGGUCAUGCAGAAGCCGACGGGCUGCGAGGUCCAAGCGAACGCUCACUGCCCUCUCCCGCGCCUCUCCAUCUCGUCCCGCUCCGCCAGCGCUCUCACCGGGAUGGACUCGGGAGCGGACGGCUCGGAUCUGCACUCCGUCAUGAAGUGGAAGACGGUGCUGGCCGUGUUCGUGGUGGUGGUGUGGUACCUGGUGUGCGGCGGGCUGGCGUUUCGGGCGCUGGAACAACCCUUCGAGAGUAACCAGAAGGACAGCAUCACUCAGGAGAAGGCCCUGUUUCUGAAGAGGAACCCCUGCGUCUCUCCAGCCGAGCUCGAGGACCUUAUCAAGCAUGCAGUCGACGCGGUCAGCGCUGGAGUGAGUCCCAUUGGAGACACGUCCUAUAACUCGAGCCACUGGGAUCUCGGCAGCGCUUUCUUCUUCGCUGGGACCGUCAUCACCACAAUCGGCUAUGGAAACAUCGCACCCAGCACUGAAGGCGGAAAGAUUUUCUGCAUCCUUUAUGCCAUAUUUGGCAUCCCUCUGUUUGGCUUCCUGUUGGCCGGGAUUGGUGAUCAACUAGGGACCAUGUUUAUGAAGAGCAUCUUGAAGGUGGAAAAAGUUUUCAGGCAAAAACACAAGCAAAUCAGUCAGACCAAGAUCCGCGUCACCUCCACCAUACUCUUCAUCAUCGCUGGCUGCAUUAUAUUUGUCACCAUCCCAGCUGUGAUUUUCAAACACAUCGAGGGGUGGAGUACUUUAGAGGCCAUAUACUUUGUCGUCAUCACUCUCACGACCGUCGGCAUUGGAGAUUAUGUAGCAGGUGGAGAUCGCAGAAUAGAGUACAUGAAAUGGUACAAGCCUCUGGUCUGGUUCUGGAUUUUGGUGGGUCUGGCGUAUUUCGCAGCGGUUCUCAGCAUGAUUGGAGACUGGCUCAGGGUUCUGUCCAAGAAAACAAAAGAGGAGGUUGGAGAGUUUAAGGCCCAUGCGGCCGAAUGGAAGGCAAACGUUCGAGCGGAGUUACGCGAGACGCGACGACGCCUCAGUGGCGAGAUCCACGACAAACUUCAGCGGGCGGCCACCAUCCGCAGCAUGGAGCGCAGACGGCUGGGUCUGGAGCAGCGCGCGCAUUCACUGGACAUGCUGUCGCUCGAAAAACGGGCUGUGUUUGCUAGUCUGGAUGCCGGGCGAUUUAAGACGUCCUCGCAGGAGAGCAUCAACACUAAACUGAACAACCUGCGACUGAAGGCGGAGUGCGGCGGUCAGCAGGUUUCCUCCGAGGAAAACUUCCUCAACCGCUUCGGUUCGCUCACCAAACUGGCCAAACGCAACAGGAGUAAAGAUCUCCGCAAGAACAUCCCAGAGGAUGCAAACGGGGAGGGCGAAAUCCUCAGCAGUAACAGCAGCAAUGUCACACUGGGAGAGGAGAGAAGAGAGGAUGAGGAGGAGGUGGAGGUGGAGGAAGAGAAAAUAGCCGAGGCGAACACCGGCUUUACGUGUCUGCCUCACUUUCCUGAGGAACCCAAACAGCAGAACGGUUUCGCACCGGCCCAGGCCAAAGAACAAGAGCGAAAUAAAAGACUCGAGCAGAAAGAGCAUCAACCCUAGGCAGGCGACGACACGCACGGGAAGGCAAAUGACCGACGUCAGAAAAUGUGCCUUUCUGUUUUGUAAGCUGUGGCUCGACUCAUUACGAUGAACCGCAGCUGAUUUUCACUGUGACAAAUGACAAGUUGCCAAAAAAAUGUGAAAAGAGCUCAAGGAAUACAGA